CCCACUUCCACUCCUUCUCCUCUUCUCUACCAGCACCAUUCAUCAUCAUCUUCUUCGGUACGUGCCCCCUUGGUUUGCCAGUCUCAACACUGGAAUUCUCGUUCUUCGUCCAUUUGGUCCGUCCUUUCAGCGAAGAAAUACCCCAAUUUUGCCCUUUUCUUCCAGCCCCGACCGAGAAAGUGUCACCUCGCUCUCACCUGACCUCUCCACCCACUACCAUCACCCACCAUAACCACCAACUAUUCAAACCUCCACCACACAUUUUCGCGCGACUAUUGCCGGAUUUACAUUUCUGACAACUCCCUCUUUCUUUCCCUUCUAGGUUCAGGUUCGAACGACCACUCAACUACCGUCACAAUGGAUCAGGCAAAGUUGGCUCGGAUGCAGGCUAGCGUGCGGAUUGGAGGCAAGGGUACUCCCCGCCGCAAGGUCAAGAAGGUCCACAAGUCCUCCGGUGCCGAUGACAAGAAGCUCCAGGCCACCCUGAAGAAGAUGAACGUCCAGCCUAUCCAGGGCAUCGAGGAGGUCAACAUGUUCAAGGAGGACGGCAACGUCAUUCACUUCGGUGCUCCCAAGGUCCACGCCUCCGUCCCCUCCAACACCUUCGCCCUCUACGGUAACGGCGAGGAGAAGGAGCUCACCGAGCUCGUCCCCGGUAUCCUGAACCAGCUCGGCCCCGACAGCCUGGCCUCCCUCCGCAAGCUCGCCGAGAGCUACCAGAACAUGCAGAAGGCCCAGGGCGGUGACAAGAAGGACGACGAGGAGGAUGAUAUCCCCGACCUCGUUGAGGGCGAGAACUUCGAGAGCAACGUCGAGUAAAAUUUGAGAUCUUCUUCUUAAUAUAACGAAUAUUACUUUGUUGUUACUGUCGUGCGCGUGUGUGUCCUCAUUGUGUGGGUUACGUGAAGGUUAGACCCUUCACACCACACAGUCUACACCUACUUCUUCUCCAACUUCUACUUUUUACUACCCUCUUCGCAAAGCUGGAGUUUCUCUCUUCUGUUUCGGUUGGCGGGGGUUCCAGAUAUCUUUGUUUCCGUUUCUCAAGGGAAUUUAGGUUUGGUGGUUUGAAUGUAUGGAGAUAUCUUGAUCUGGAAAGGCAGAAUGGGACCAAAUACUGAGAUUACAAGGGCUUUCCUCUUUG